AAUGUUGCCAUUGGCAUUCCCAUCUCAUGCUUCUUGCUUCAUCCUUUCUUGUUCUUCUUGCUGCGUCACCCAUUCUGAGUGUUUUUUUUUUAACUGCACUCUUUUUCGUUCUUCUUUCUAGUCUCUCUCCAUUUCUCUCUCUCUCUUCUCUCGCUCUACUUACCAGAGCCCAGAAAGUUUCAGCCUUUUAGCAAACCAUAACAAAGCAUAAGGAUUUCUCUGCUCUUCGUAGUUCUGAUUCUUGUGAAGAAAUGAAGUACGUACUGGUCACUGGUGGGGUUGUUAGCGGCUUGGGGAAAGGGGUUACUGCGAGUAGUGUUGGAGUGCUUCUUCAGGAAUGUGGCCUUCGAGUUACUGCUAUCAAAAUUGAUCCUUACUUAAACACAGAUGCUGGGACAAUGUCUCCUCUGGAGCAUGGUGAAGUGUUCGUACUAGAUGAUGGUGGUGAGGUGGACCUGGAUCUAGGAAACUAUGAGCGCUUCCUGGAUAUCAAGUUGACUCGGGAUAAUAACAUCACAACAGGAAAGAUUUACCAGUAUGUCCUUGAGAAGGAGAGGAAGGGAGAUUAUUUGGGGAAAACGGUUCAGGUUGUCCCUCAUAUUACAGAUGCUAUUCAGGAGUGGAUAGAGCGGGUGGCCCACAUACCAGUAGAUGGAAAGUCAGGUCCAGCUGAUGUUUGUGUUAUAGAAUUGGGUGGAACCAUAGGAGAUAUUGAGUCCAUGUCGUUUAUUGAGGCACUAGGACAAUUCUCGUAUCGUGUAGGUGCAGGCAAUUUUUGCCUAAUUCAUGUCAGCCUUGUUCCUGUUUUGAGUGUUGUUGGCGAACAGAAAACAAAACCAACCCAGCAUAGUGUUCGGGGACUAAGAAGUCUUGGGCUGACGCCGGAUAUCCUGGCAUGUCGGAGUACAACGGCACUUGAAGAGAAUGUCAAGGGGAAACUGUCUCAGUUUUGCCAAGUUCCGGCAGAAAACAUUGUUACUCUUCAUGAUGUUUCCAACAUCUGGCAGAUUCCUUUACUUUUGAGAGAACAGAGAGCUCAUGAAGCAAUAUUUAAAGUGCUGAAACUCAAUGGGAGGGCUCAAGAGCCAAGUUUAAAGGAAUGGACCUCUAGAGCUGAUGUUCAUGACAAGCUGCAUGAACCAGUUCGCAUUGCUGUGGUGGGGAAAUAUACAGACCUUUCAGAUUCUUACCUGUCUGUUCUAAAGGCAUUGGUUCAUUCCUCUGUUCAUUGGCGCAAGAAACUUUUUGUGGAUUGGAUUCCGGCUAGCGACCUUGAGGAAGCAACAAAAAGAGAGAAUCCAGAUUCUUUCAAGGCUGCAUGGAAGUUAUUGAAGGGAGCUGAUGGUGUCCUUGUUCCUGGAGGAUUUGGAGACAGGGGAGUGGAAGGGAAAAUUCUUGCAGCUAAAUACUCUCGCGAAAACAGAAUUCCGUUCCUUGGCAUUUGUCUUGGAAUGCAAGUUGCUGUCAUAGAGUUUGCGAGAUCUGUUCUCGGCGUACAAGAUGCCAAUAGCACUGAAUUUGAUCCUAAUGCAAAGAAUCCAUAUGUCAUAUUUAUGCCCGAGGGAUCAACGACACAUAUGGGAGGCACCAUGCGUCUUGGCUCUAGGAGGACAUAUUUCCAAGUCAAUGACUGCAAAUCUGCAAAAUUAUAUGGAUGCAAAAAAUUCAUUGAUGAGAGACACCGACAUAGAUACGAGGUGAAUCCUGAUCUGGUUGCAAAACUCGAAAAUGCCGGCCUUUCUUUUACCGGGAAGGAUGAAACUGGCCGACGCAUGGAGAUCGUUGAACUACCAAAUCAUCCUUUUUAUAUUGGUGUUCAGUUCCACCCUGAAUUUAAAUCAAGACCUGGAAAGCCUUCUCCUUUGUUCUCAGGGCUUAUAGCAGCUGCAUGUGGACAACUGGAUGGUGUUUUACAAGAGGCUUCUAAAGGAGCAGGAACUGAGAUCUGUACAGCCAGAGUAUUCCAAAACAAAAUCCCAAAGAAGUCGGCUUUUGGGUCGAGAGACUAUGUCUAUGGAAGCUGCAAUGGGUUGCGUUUUUGAAAGCCAGUGUGUUUGGUCUUGGUAUUCUCUAGUGAUUUUUAGUGGCUUGUAUGUACAGUGCAGUGCAGUACAGUCAUUGGACAUAGGUAGGAAGAAGAAAAUUUAAAUACAGAAGAAGAGAGUUAGAUCCCCUGUGGUUUUUUUAGGGGAUAUAUCUCGUUUAGGUUUUUACAAUGGUUUCUCUCAGUGGUUUUAAGUCUUGUGAGUUUCCUUGGUCCAAUGUUCUAGCAAACUAUCAACUCCUUGUUCAUCAGAGUUCUGAUGCUGUUUAUAAAGAAUUUCUCCUUCAAUUUACCAUCUUUGUUUAAGUGGCCUUCGUGUGAGUGAGUUUGAAUCCAAUGACUUGGAUAUAUAUUGUAAUUUGUGUCUAAAUUAUACAUAAGCCCUUUGAACUUUGAUCUA